AGUUCGAAUUUGUUAACGCUUCUAAUAACUGUCCAAGCUAAUCCAGCCACAAGCAAACUUUUUGUGGACGAAGAAUCAAGUAAAACGGCUACUCUUCUGUAGGCGUAGUUCGGGGAUUAUUCACAAGUCACAUCGUUACUGUUUACACUUUGUGUGCUGUGAGCCUGUGGACAAUAAUCAAUCCAAGUGGCACACAUGGACAUGUCCUCCACACCCUCAUGGAGCACCGAUCUGGAGGAUUUUAUCGGGCUGCCUCUCCACCACCACGACCUCCCGACAUCCGUCGCUCCCGCCUAUCCUCAUGCGCACGACCUGUACAGCGAUCUCGACACCACCGUCCCCAACCCCCUGGAUUUCUCCUUCGACCUGACCGACCCGCUGCUGAUGGACAUGGAAGACGGGGAAUUAGCUCCUGACGUCGAAGCCGAAGAAGGCGACGACCUGGACAUGGCCAUGGAGAACCUGCAGGAUCUGCAGGAUGGCGAGCAGCCGGUUCCCGAAGAAGAGCCGGAGACGGUUACACGGGUGCGGUUGGUGGAGAAGCGCCAGGCUCGGCCGCAGCUGCUGCCGGAUGGUUGGAAGCGGAUGUGGCAUGAAAGCGGGCUGCCGGUGUACUAUCACGCCGUGUCGGGGUGUGCGUUCUCGCGCGGCCCUACGAGGUAGAGUGCGAGCGGGCGGUCCGGUACCGAAAGAUCCCGGUGGGGGCCGUGCCGUGUUUGGAGUAUCAACGCGCGCGGGAGGAGGACGCCAAAAACGCCGAUGCGCAAGUUCCCGGAAACGAACAUGUAGUCACCGAAGUGGUCUCCGGGACCGACUACCUCAAGACCGCCCUGCUGACCAACGAAGAAGUGCGCGAAUACUGCGCGAAACGCUACACCUUCGCCACCACCCAGAUACCCACCCUCCGCGCCCAACAAGCCAGCCGUAAAGUAGCAGCGCUGGCCAAGCACCUCCACACCGAUACCGAAGCCCAUCCGGUCAUUAAGGGCGCCCAGUACGUCACCGUGCACUGUCCGGACCAUCCCGAAGGAAAGGUCACCAUCAACAUCGCUAACAAGACCCAGCUGCAGCUACUCCACGAGUUCACGAGGCGGGCGCGCAACUGCUUCCCGGAGUACGUAUUCCGGGAGGUAAUGAGUACCGGGGAAUGCCACGAGGUUACCGUCAUGCUGCAGGGCAAGGCGGCCGGGUUUGGGACGGGGGUUAGCAAGAAGGCGGCCAAGCAUAAGGCGGCGGAGAUGGUCCUGCAGCAGCUGGCACCGGAGCUGUUCCGGCUGGCGCAGGGCACCCAGAGUAAGACGAUGCAGAUGCGGAUGGAGGAGGAGGUGGAGCUGUUUAAGAGUGUGCCGAUUACGGAUACGCGCAUCGGGAGGAUGGCGCACGAAGCCGGGGCUACAUCGCCGUUCCUGGCCCUGACGCGGGCGUUGACACAUCACCGAAUGAAAAACGCGCAAGCUGGGAACGCUCAGCCGGUACAGACCUGCCGGCAGGUGAGCCCCACCGAGAACGAGUACACCAUGACGGCGGCCCAGUACGUCUCAGCCAUCCGCCACACCCACCCCAUCGACGCGAAGAUGCUCAACGCGCAGAAGAUCCUUAGUUGCAUGCAUCCCCAGUUCCAGUACUACGGGGAAUUCCUGCAGCACUACGGCGCCAGUUUCGUCAAAGAGCACGAGGAUCGCCAGCAGCAGCGCCACACCAGUAUCAUCGAACUGGACAUCCCGCGGGCGGACGGUCAGCCCAACUGGGACGUGCUCAACCGCCUCAAGGAGGAGAUGCGCAAGGUCCUGCCUAAUGUGGCCGGCGUCACGGCAGUGCGGUACGAUUAGAACACGGCGUGCAUAUAUUUGCAGCAUUGGUAAUGCACUGGCUAAUCCCGUGGACUUCGGUUUAAUUCGAUUUAAUGUUGCUGAUGAGAUUUAUCAUUAAAUUUUGCUUCCGCUAAGAUUGCGUAUUUUUUAAUUGUGUUUCUACUCGUACAUUUUCUGUGUGCUGUAUACCGGUCAUUGUGCUGCUUUGCUCGCUACCGCCUCAUUUCUACCGGUUUUCUUGAGUUUUUCCACCUUGUACCAUUGACAUUAGUUCGAACAUGAUUAUUUGUUAU